AUGAAUAAUUCAGGUUACGAUAAAUCAAAUAAUUCACAAAACGUCUUAAAUGUAAAUGAAAAUGACGAAAAAUUAUCAAAAGAUUCAAUUAAUACAGAAAGCAUUGUUCAUAAUGUAUCUGAAAACAUAAGUACCAUAAUAAAUACUGCGAACAACGAAAUUACUUAUAAUGAUCAUAGUUAUGAUGAUGCAAAUGUGUUACGUGUGCCAGAAAAAAAAAGUGGACAAGUUACCCAUGGUCAAAAUGUAACAUCCGUAAAAAGUUGUGAUAACUUAUAUUUAAAUGAAUCACCUCAAACUAAAAUUUUAUAUUUUCCUAAUAAUAAUUAUAAACAAUUCAACUCACCAACUGAUAGAAAAUUAAGGAGUAGUAAUGGUAAUUUUUAUAAUUUUGAUGCAAACACUGCCUGGAACAUGAAUUACCCUAUAAAUUCUGAGAAUUAUGAUUAUCUAAAUGUGCAAACUCCUUCAAAUAACAUUCCUGAUGCGUGUAAUGUACCAUACAAUUUGGUAGAAAAUUCACAAUUAAUUUCUCCAGAACAUACAACCUCUCCUUUAUAUACAAGGAGAGCUAACAUUCAUCAAAAUCCUCCUUUCACUGAUUCAUGUCAUUUAAAUCCAUAUUCUGAUAUAAAUCCAUUUUAUGGAAGAAUGAGUUCAUAUUCGCCUUUACAUAAUAAUGAACUAAAUUACUUAUGUAAACCAACACUUUCAAGUUAUGAAAAUACUUCUCCCUAUAUAAAUUAUAAUUAUUUCAAACAUAUGCCUCCGCAUCUUUAUUAUUUAGCAGAGGAUAAAGAUAAUUGUUCUUUCUUAAAAAAGGGAAUAAAACGUGCAAUGAAUGUGUGUAAUUCUAAUAUAAAUGAGUCAUAUACACCAAAAUAUGAAUAUAUAAUUCAGGGGCCAAAAUUACCAUACGUAAAUUACCCAAACCAAAAAAAGUUUGACGUAUUUAAAAAAUUAACAUUAGCAGUGGGUACUUAUUUAGAUGAUGCUGUAAAUAUAAUGAUAGAUGUGUUGGAAUCAUCAUUUAGGAUUAUAAAAAAAAAUAAUAAUACUAAUUUAUAUGAUUUAUAUCCGUUUUAUAAUCCUGAUCCAAUUUAUUCCAGACAAGAAAGGCCAACAUUGAAAACAGGAAGUAAUCUCUUCGAUAAAAUUAAUUGUGCUUUAGACGGUACUACAUUAGAAAAACAUAAAAACUUACCAAAAAACUUCGGAAGAAUUAUAGUUCCUAAAACUGAAAAAACUGGACAUGUAGUUGUUGAUGGGAUAAAUAACAUAUUAGAUAACUUAUUAAAUGAACCAUUAUCUUACAGGAAUUAUGAUUAUUUUAGCGACAAAUUUAAACCUAUGAAUGAAAUAAAACAGCAGUAA